CGGGCUGCUAUCCUCUCGCUCUCACUCUCUACCUUAGAGGUCGAGGGGGAAGAAGGUAGAUGGAGGACGAGAGGGUAAAGGAGGGGGCUCUCCGGACCCUCGGCCUAUUCCAAGUCCUGCCUAGGCUGGUCGUAUUCGAUCUCGAUUACACCCUUUGGCCCUUCUACUGUGAAUGCCGCUCCAAAAGGGAAAUGCCAUCUCUCUACCCACAUGCUGAGGGUAUACUCUAUGCACUCAAGGAUAAAGGAAUCAAUGUGGCAAUUGCUUCUCGAUCACCAACUCCCGACAUAGCUAAAACAUUUCUUCAGAAGUUAGGCAUCCAAUCCAUGUUUGUUGCCCGGGAAAUAUUCUCCAGUUGGACUCACAAGACCGAACAUUUUCAGAGGAUUCAAAGAAGAACUGGCAUACCAUUUAAAUCAAUGCUUUUCUUUGAUGAUGAGCACAGGAAUAUUGAAGCGAUCUCUAAAAUGGGAGUAACGAGCGUCCAUGUGGUAAAUGGAGUAAACCUCGAGAAGCUAAGAUUGGGCCUAAGGAACUUCUCUCACCAGUCUGUCUCACCAAACAUUAAACCAGCUGAUGAGAAGGUGCGGAAGCUCGGGAGUUGAUAGAAGAACGACAAGAAAAGAAGAGAACGAGAAGCACGACUCAACUAGAUCAUGAUUUUGGUAUUCCUUUCCCAAAAUCCUCCUUAUGGUCCAUGUGGUCUUAAUGAUUGGUAUAGGACACCUAUCUUUCACAACGUACCAGUGAAGUCAGAGCCAUAUGUGGAAAUCCUCCUCAACUUGGUGUAGGGUACCUAUAUUUCUCCACCUAUCAAUGAAGUCGGCCAUAUGUGGAGCACUCAGCACAUGAGGCCUGACAAAAUACUCAACUUGUCGGUAGGACACCCGUCUCUCUCCAACAAUCAAUGAAGUCAGCCAUACGUGGAGGGAAGACAGCCAUAUGUGGAGCGCUCAGCAGGCGUGGCCUGACAGAUGUAUACGACACCUCUCUUUCUCCGACCAUCAAUCAAGUCAGCCAUACGUGGAGGGAAGUCAGCCAUAUGUGGAGCGCUCAGCAGUUGAGGCCUGACAUUUAAGCAAAAGUCUCCUGUAGAUGUUUGACUCGUUCGAUGCGCGUUGUUGUUCUACCCAUCCAUGUUCAUGUUUUUCGAAUGGACGUUACUGUGACUGGAUGCUGAGUCCUAAUUAUUACUGAAGCUGGUGGCGUGGAAUGUCUUCCAUGAUGGCGA